CGAUUUUGAAAACCCACUUUAUACACGUCUAUAAUAACAAUCACUAGCGCACGUAGCUGCUUCCAUUCCCGCCCGCCUUGACGCUUCGCCUCAGUCCUCUUCUUCCCUCCCCUCUAUUCGCUUCAAUUUCAUCGAGUGGCGGGACAAAUACUUACGAACGGACGAUUCUCGUUGCAAUGAACGGACGAAAAGCUGCAUCGGUUGACAGAAUCAGUGAACUGCCAGCAGAUUUAAAGGACCAAAUUUUAAAGUUCUUGGACACCCAAUCUGCUGCCCGAACAGCUCUUCUCUCGACUCAAUGGAAGGAUGUAUGGUAUCGCCAUGGCCGGCUUGAGUUUUUUUGGGACUUCAACGAACCCUUGUCUUCUCUUGGAAACAUGAUAACUAACAUUCUCUUGCUCCGUUCUGGACCCGUGAGGGAAUUUUCGCUUUAUAUUUGCAGUCAGGAGGAUCCAGCCCUUCCCCAGUCUGAUAUUGAUUCGUGGUGCCUAUUUCUAUCGAGAAAUGGAAUUGAAGAGCUUACCCUCGGUUAUUUUGAGUUUCAGUAUUAUGAUCUGCCAGUUUGUAUAGUCUCCUGCCCGACCAUUAAGAUACUCAGUCUUCGGAAUUUCUUUUUCCGUUUCCCUGUUAAUGCUCCACCUGGCGGUAUAUUUCCCAACCUCACAUUUGUAUUUUUCAGCCGUACUGAUUUUGAGCAUAAUGCUGCUGGAAUUAUGGGUUGUAAAAUACCUAAUCUUGUUGAGCUGGUCUUCUCCCAUUGUAAUGAGGUCCAAAAGUGUGUGAUCAAUGCUCCAAAACUGGAAAGCUUGAUGGUCAUUGGCUCUACUAUGUACAGAAAUGAAUGGUCAGAAUGGAGAUGGUUUCUUAUUCAUCUUCCAAUAAUUAAGACUCUUUGCUUGUCUGUAGAACUAUUUGUGGAUAAUCUUGGUGCUACAAUAAAUAUCCAAGAGAUGUUACCAAUAGCAAUAAAUGUGGAAGUAAUUAAGCUGUAUGAGUUCAACUUUGCUUCCGCGAAGCACUUUGAUUUUGCGGUUCAGCUGAUUAAAAAAUGUCCAAAGCUAUGCGAAUUGGAAAUUCUAGCAGAACAGUUUUCUUCAAUGGAAGAGUUUAAAGCUGCUGCAAGGGCAUGGGAAGAUCCAGAGUAUGGGUUUAUUGAUCAGGAACUGGCCGUGAUUAAAACAGUGAAGUUCGCAUCAUUUCUUGGAUUGAGAUUGGAAGUACAGUUUGUCAAAACAAUCCUGUCAAAUUCUCCCGCCCUUGAGACACUUGUUAUUCAGGAAGCAUCAUAUAAUAGUUUAAAUAACUCUGUGGUUCCCGGAAUCGUAAGGAAGAUGCCCCGCUUCCCUCGUGCUUCUCCAAAAGCACAAAUCGUCCUCUUGAAUUAUACGUAUCCCAGCCUCGUUGAUUCACCUCCUGAGUUUUAGCUUUUCGGUCUUUAUUUUCCAAAUGGAUAAGUGCAGCAUGUCUGGGCAUUUUUUGGGAAUCAUCAUCUUACUCCGAUGUACAAAAGUUUGGUUUUUCAAUCCAAAUGAUCAUCAAACAGCUAUUUUUAUGUUUUGGAAUGAUUUUUUAUUACCUGAAGUAGAUGGAACAACAAUUAUAAUUCUGGAAGAAGUGAGAUGCUAAGCUUUUUUAUGCAGUAUAAAUUUUUGUUAGGUCUCAACUCUUUAUAGAUACUCAUCCCUUAUCUGACUGGGUAUUUUGAAAGGGAUGUCGUGAGUAUGGGGAUAUUUCUUUUAUGGCUCCCUUUGUCUUGACAACAAAUUUCACAUUAUUUU